AUGGAUCCCAAUACCACUUAUUUGGUUCAGCAGCAGCAACCACAACAAGGAAUUGUAUAUACUCAACCUGUCUAUGCUCAGGGUGCGCCUGUUCAGGUACCGGGAGAAGCUGUUAAUCCCACCUAUGUACCUCAACCUGUCUAUGCACCUCAACCUAUGUAUGCUCCUCAGCCUACUACCCAGCAAGUAGCUAGAGCUGAUAGUUUGACAAUCCAGCCGGAGAAUUGGCAAGGAACUUGUAUUCCGAAGGUCGAUAAAAUACGUGGAUUGAUCAUCCUCAUUCUGUCCAUUUUCUUCCCAGGUCUAUCUACAUGCAUUGGAGGUUGCAUGGAUGAUAGAGGGUGUAAUUGUGGACUGGUUUGCCUUGGAAUUCUUCAGAUGUUCCUGUGCGUAUUUCUCAUUGGUUACAUAUGGGCAAUUGUUACUGGUGUUAUGACGUUUGUAAAUGCUUAUGGCCAACUGUAAA